AUGAGGCUCUCAUCCGUGGUGGGCGCGAUCCUCGCCCUAUGCACCGGAGUGCUCGGGGCAGCAGAGUCGAAUCUCACAGAACGUCGCUCCACGCAAAAGAUCCUAACAGGCGACUUCAAACCUCCCCAAGUAUUCGAGAACACCAACCUCGUUCGGACCAUCAACCUCGAGAAAGGCUACGUGAGAGAGACGACCAAUGUGCUCGUCACCAACACGGACAAGUCACCACAGUCGGAAUACUAUGUCCCCUUUGAAUAUGACCUGAUGGGCAAGAUUGGCGGGUUUGACGCCCGGGACAAGAAGAGGCCAGAAUUUCCAUUGGAGGUCACCAUCGCUGCGCUGUCUGCUGUGUUGGACGAUCAGGGCGGAGCCUCAAAGCCUACUCAAUACUAUGUCAUCCACCUCUCGGAACCGCUGCCACCCAGAAGCACCGUCACUCUCUCAAUCUCAUGGAAUGUGCUGGGUGUUCUUUCGCCUUUGCCUGCGUCUAUCAGACAGGAAGACAAGCAAUACCUCAUCUACAAUUUCUCCGCCUACGUCCCCACCGUCUACAAGACUGUUAAACAGAAAACAAAAGUAAAGUUUCCCUCUGCAGAUGUCCCCGAAUACAGCACCACGACCGGCUUGACAUCAGCCACCGAUCCAGAAAAGCAAGGGUCCUCGUUCACAUAUGGUCCAUACGAUACAGCCAAGAUCGAGCCAGGCACAGCCUAUCCGGUGACUGUCCGCUACGAAUUCAACAAGCCCCUGCUUGUAUGCAGCCUCCUCGAACGAGAUGUUGAGGUGUCCCACUGGGGAGGCAAUUUGGCGACCGAAGAAAGAUAUUGGCUCCGCCAUGACGGUGCUACACUUUCAAACCAAUUCUCCCGGCUGGCGUGGAGCACGCAAAACUUCUACAUCAGCGCAGGGCAGGGGUCUACCUCGGCCCUGAGGGAACUGAAGGUCCCUCUGAAACCCGGCACUGUCGAUCCGUAUUUCACAGACGACAUUGGAAAUGUCUCGACAUCGCGUUUCAGGCCCAACAACGUCCGCGAAGCCAGCUUGGAACUCAAGCCUCGCUAUCCCCUUUUUGGGGGGUGGAAGUAUAGUUUCCGCAUUGGCUGGAACAAUGCCCUCUCUUCCGUCCUCCGCAAGCUCAAGACCCAAUCCGACACUUACAUCUUGUCCGUGCCACUCUUGGAAGGUCCCAAAAUGCCCGAGGGAAUCCAAUACGAGCAGUUCGUCUUCCGGGUCAUCCUGCCCGAAGGCGCCAAGAACGUCAAAUGGCAGACUCACGGCGGAACGGGAGUGCCGCCUCUGCAUGCCGAGUAUGACCUCCACAAGACGUUCAUGGACACUUUGGGGAGGACUGAGUUGAAGCUGACGGCUUACAAUAUCGUCGAUGAAGCAAGAGAUAUUACGGUGUUGGUGACGUACGAGUAUCCGUUCCUGGCGGCCUUCCGGAAACCCAUGACCAUCUUUAUGAGUGCAGCUGUGGUGUUUGCGCUCGCUUGGCUGGUGGGCAGUGUGGACACCAGUAUUGGGAAGAAGAAGAGAUGA